ACCUUCCCUCCUCGCCUUUCUCACUCUGACAGCGCCGAGGUGCGCCGAGCAGGAGCAGGGAACAAAGGAGCGGAGGAGGGAGGGGAGCGAGUUGGGCGAGGGAGAGCCCCCGGCCGGCUGCCAGAGUCUCCCGGCAGGAGGAAGCCCAAGUGUCACUCGGAUUCCACCCGAGGAGCGGGCGCCUGGGAUCCGAGCGCCUUGCUGAGCGGCGACGGUUGGAGCGCGUCCUACAAGUUACGGGAGAAUCGGCCGGGAGUCAGGACGCUCGCUUGGCCCCCGGCCCCUCGAGACCGCAGCCUUGCCUGGCGCUCGGAGAGGAGCUCCAGAAUGAAAAGUAAGAAAGGUGUCAUGGUAGCAUCCGGCAGUGAGACGGAGGAUGAGGACAGCAUGGACAUUCCUCUGGACCUUUCCUCUUCGGCUGGUUCAGGCAAGAGGAGGAGGAGGGGCAACCUGCCCAAGGAGUCUGUUCAAAUUCUCCGAGACUGGCUGUAUGAGCACCGAUACAAUGCCUAUCCCUCAGAGCAAGAAAAAGCCUUACUGUCCCAGCAAACACACCUUUCUACGCUACAGGUCUGUAACUGGUUCAUCAACGCCCGACGCAGGCUCCUCCCUGACAUGCUGAGAAAGGAUGGCAAAGAUCCAAACCAGUUCACAAUAUCCCGCCGUGGGGCCAAGAUUUCUGAAGCUGGCUCUAUGGAGUCUGCAGUGAGCAUCAAAAACUUCAUGCCAGCUCUUGAGGAGAGCCCAUUUCAUUCCUGUACAGCUGGACCAAACCCAAUCCUAGGGAGGCCACUGUCUCCUAAGCCACCAUCCCCAGGAUCAAUUUUGGCUCGUCCAUCAGUGAUCUGCCAUACCACUGUGACUGCACUGAAAGAUGUGCCUUUCUCUCUUUGCCAGUCAGUUGGUGUGGGACAAAACACAGAUAUACAGCAGAUAGCAGCCAGCAGCUUUACAGACACCUCUCUUGUGUAUCCAGAGGACACAUGUAAAUCUGGACCAAGUACAAAUACACAGAGUGGUCUUUUCAACACUCCUCCCCCGACUCCGCCGGACCUCAACCAGGAUUUUAGUGGAUUUCAGCUUCUAGUGGAUGUUGCACUCAAAAGGGCUGCAGAGAUGGAGCUUCAGGCAAAACUUACGGCUUAACCCUUUUUCAAGCAAAAUAGUUCUCAAAAAUGUCAUGAUUGCCGGGGUGAUGGCAAGAGAUGAAUUGCAUUAUUUUAUAUAUUUUUUUAUUAAUAUUUGCACAUGGGAUUGCUAAAAUGCAGCUUCCUGUUACUGAAAUGUCUUCAAUGGAAUACAGUCAUUCCAAGAACUAUAAAUUCAAAGCUACUGUAGAAACAGGAUUUUCUUUUUUAAAUGUUUCUUGGUAGAUUAUUCAUAAUGUGAGAUGGUUCCCAACAUCAUGUGAUUUUUUUUUUUUUCCUCCCCUUUCCCCUUUGUGUUUGUUUUUUUCAGACUGUGCAAUACUUAGAGAACCUAUAGCAUCUUCUCAUUCCCAUGUGGAACAGGAUGCCCAUAUACUGUCUUAAUAAAUUUUCAAUUUUUUUUCAAACAAGUAUGAAUCUAGUUGAUUGAUGCCCUUUUUUUCAUGAUGUAAUAAAGUAUUUUCUUUAAAAGAUA